AUGACCAAGAACUAUUACAAGAUACUCGGCAUCAGCACGACGGCUAGCGAGGAAGAAAUCAGGAAAGCCUAUCGGAAACUCGCGCUCAAAUACCAUCCGGACAAGAACAAAUCCUCGGACGCGGAAGAACAGUUUAAGGAUAUCAACGAAGCGUACGGGGUACUCAGCGACAAGCGGAAACGACAUGUCCACGACUCGAUCAUUGACGGCCAUUUCCACGGAAACAGCAGCGUCAACAGCAGCUCCUGCAGCAACUCUAACAGCGGCGUAGGAGGCUGGCAGAGCAGCGAGCCCUUCGGCACCACAUUCUACCCAUGUCAUGGGACAACGUUCGAGCCGUACCUCCGCGCCGGCGGAAUCUACUGGCAGAACUUAGGACCAGGAGGCUUUUUCGCUCAGCCCUUCGCCGCCGAAAGCAAGGUGAAAUAUUACUUCAAGUUCACAACGCAGCAAAGCGGCGUUCCAUGCGAAUGCCAGCAACCUAGCCCCGGGGUGUCCGGGGCCGGCUCGUCCGAAGCCUCUAGGGGAACGCCUUCUAGCAGGGAACCAUCUUCUGGAACGCCGGACGGUGACAAGCAGGAUCCGGCCGUAGAGCGGGAUCUCUACGUUACACUGGAGGAGCUCCUUCGGGGUAGCACCAGGAAGUUCAAGGUCAUAAGAACAGUGACAAGUCCCGAUGGUGGAGAGGAGUGUCAGGAGAAAGUCAUCUCGGUUGCUGUGAAACCUGGCAUGGCAGCGGGAACCAAGAUAACGUUCGAGCGCCAAGGAGACCAGGUGCCCGGACGCUCGCCAGCGGACAUCGUGUUUGUAGUACGCGACCAGGUACACCCGCUGUUCAAGAGGGCCGGAGUGGACAUUCAUUACGUGGCGAAGGUGACCGCUCAGCAGGCGAAGUGGGGAGCAAAAGUAGACGUGCCUACGCUCACGAAGGGCAAGAUUUCCCUUUGUCUCACGAAAGACACCAAGUCGGGUGACGUCUGCCGCGUCGUGCGUGAGGGUCUGCCUUAUCCAGUUGACCCGAGGAAGCGCGGUGACCUCGUUGUCACAUUCAACGUCCAGUAGUAGGCCGGGUCGUAGCGGGCACGGAUACAACUUUCUGUGGCUCACAAAAUUGAAGCGAGCGGAGAACGUCGCGGAACAUUGGUUUAGAAUUGUGUUCGGCGAAAUCACGGCUGCAUAAACAAAUGUAUGCUUGUUCUUUGCAUUUGGCGAAUGUAGUGAUGUACGCGUAGGCAAAAUUAGGCGUAAAUAAUCUAUUCUCACGUGUUAGCCGGUGCUGUUGCUUAUUUAUAUUGCACUAAUAAAUACCGACGUACGCAGAAAAA